AUGUCGCCGGCGUCCCGAUCGUCGUCCGUUCACCACCUGAUGCAAUCACAAAGCUCAGGCACGACCAUCCCAGACGUGGACAUAGACAUGGUCGACAUCGCGCGCCAAUCUGACCAGCGUCGCGCCAGCACCUCAAACUUUUCCCGGGACAUGAACGUCCGCAUGCGCGACACUCCGGCGGCGUCUUACAUGAAUUCUCAAAACGCCGGGGACGGCAUUGAGAUCCUAGGGAGUGGUGUGAAGGCACUGGUGCAAGCCAUUGAUAACCUAGUGGACCUUGGCAUUCCUAGCCAAGACCUCCCGCUGCCACAAAUUGUGGUGGUCGGAGACCAGUCUGCGGGCAAGAGCUCGCUCAUCGAAGCGAUCAGCGAGAUCAAUGUCCCAAGGAGCAGUGGAACAUGCACACGGUGCCCACUCCAGAUCAGGAUCAAGUCCAGCGAUGAUCCCGAAGCCACAUGGAUGUGCAAAGUCUCCUUGCAUAAGCAGUACGACUUUUACGGAGACGUGCCAUUUGAAUCUUCUGCCGGGAAGGUACCCAUGUAUCCCUGGGUCAAGAAGGACUUCGCCACUGUCAUCGACUUCAAGACUGUGCUUGACAAGCAGGAACUCGGGCCUGUCCUGGAGCAAGCUCAACUUGCUACACUCAAUCCAGGUCAGAUCCACACCCAGUAUGUCAAUGCGAGAGCCGAUCAUCACGCGCGCCGGCAAGUCGAGUUCUCGCCGAAUGUCAUUGUGCUCGAGAUCUCCGCACCGGGCCUCCCGAACCUGUCAUUCAUCGAUCUUCCGGGUAUUAUCAACCAGACUGAGGACGGCUCAAUGCCAUACUUGGUGAAACUGGUCAAGAACCUUUUCAAGGAAUAUGUUAGGCCUCAAGAGUCAUUGGUGUUGUUGUCCUGUUCCAUGGAGUCAGACAUGGCCAACUCCAGCGCAGGAAAGUUGGUUCGUGGGAUGGGCGCCGAGCACCGUUGCAUAGGGGUGCUGACCAAGCCUGAUCGAAUGCCGCAAGGAGACUCUCUGGCGCUGUGGAGUGCGGUCUUGAGUGGUGACAAGUUUGGCGUGGGCCAUGGUUAUUACGUUACCAAGCAGCCCUCCCAGCUGGAGCUGAACCGCGCCAUCAACCACUCCGAGGCGCGUGCUUCUGAGCGUUCCUUCUUUCAAACUCACGAGCCAUGGGCAACGUCUUUUUCGGGGUUCCAAGAUCGCUUUGGAACGCCCAAGCUUCAACAAGCAUUGUCGAAAAAACUCACAGAGCAGAUACGUGCCAGUCUGCCCGAUAUUCGGACCCAGGUUCAGAAGAAGAUCGCGGAGAUAGACAAUGAGCUGAGGAACCUGCCAGAGCCGCCAACGAUCAACGCCCAGUCCAUCGUCAUCAGCAAGCUUUCAAACUUCUCGAGCAUCAUGCAAAAGCUGGUCGAGGGUGCACAGCCAUACCACGAGCUGCGACAGAGUUGGAGGCACCACUGCCAAAUCUUCAGGGAUGCCAUCAUCAGCCUCAGGCCCACCUUGAUUCGCAAGACGGACGCGGAGACAGCCGCUGCUGCUCGCGCUCCGAGACCUCAACUGAAGUUCACGGGCACACCCACGAAACGUGAACAUGGCGAUGCCGUAAUGAUUGAGUCGGACUCAGAUCGGGAGAUGUCGGUGGCGCCAGAACCAACUCCAUCAAAGCGGCCUCGGAUGAUGGUCAAUGCUGAGCCUGCAGCUCCAAGAACCCCUCAGAAGCGCCGCCUCGUGAAAGCCAAUGAUCUAGCUACGCGCUUCAAACUUGAGGACAUCCGCAAGAUUCUGGACGACUUCUCCGCGUCAGACAUCGGAGACGUAGACCCGAAAGCAGUCGAUUACCUCAUUCUGAAGACCUUGGAGCAUUGGGACGCCCCAGUGAGAACCUUCCUUGACGACACCGAGAAGGUUCUUCGAGUUCACGUCCGCAAAGCACUGGACGAAGUCUUGCGCCAGUGGAAGACAACGGACCUCUACAAAGAAUCAUACCGCAUCAUCGAUACAUUCCUGACGACGCACAUGCAAAGCCAACAUGAUGUGGCAGAGCGCGCUCUCGGUCUCGAGCGCUUCAAGCCCAUCACCCUCAACAUCGAGACACUGGAGCGCAACCGCGUUGAAGAGCUGGAGGUCUUCCAGGCCGCCCGUUACGAAGCCCGCGCAAAUGCAUGGAUUGACGAGCAAGACGCUCGGACCGGCAAAGGCACGUCGCUACAAGACCGCCAUCGCAAGAUCGCUACCGACCAGGUGCGCAAAGAGGUCGGCGCCGACCCGUAUCAGCGGGAGGUCGAGGUCAUGGCGAAGGUCCGCGGAUAUUACAAUGUUGCGUCCAAUAGCUUCGUAGACCACAUCUGCAAGUCCCUGCAGGUCGAGCUUUUCGAUAGCUUCCGCACUGAUAUUCACGGUGGGCUCGUGGAGGGGCUGAGUGUUGUCGAUGAUGCGGACGCGCAUGCGAACUGCGUUCGUCUGCUUGCGGAAGAUCCCGCGCGCGAGCUUCAUCGCCAAACACUGAAGAAGGAGAAAGAGAAGUUGAUGGAUGCGCAGAAGGUCAUUGAAUUCCUUGGACUUGAAGUAUCGCCAGGUUGA